CACAUUUUCACCUUCCCUUAUAUUUCCUUUGCGUUCUCUCUCCUUGAGCCUUCUCCUCUGUGUUAAACGCUUCUCCCCUCUCCUUAGGGCAUAGACAGUCGCAACUCCCGCCCCGCACACGAUCUAGCUGAACCGCCGGGCGCACCGAAGGAUACUCAUACAACACCGCCAAGAUGAUGAAAAUAUGGACUAUGAAGAAGCAGCAGCAGCAGGAUGAUGCUGCGGCUGCUGCGACGAGCAAAAAGAAGAAGGUUACGCCCGCCCAGCUACGAGCGCAGAAGGAUCUCGAAGAGCUCUCCCUCGGCUCGACGAUGAAGACGCACUUCCCGAACCCGGACGACAUCCUCAACUUCAAGCUCACCAUCGACCCCGACGAGGGCAUGUACAAGGGCGGCCGCUUCGAAUUCGACUUCAAAAUCAACCAGAACUUUCCCCACGACCCGCCCAAGGUCAAGUGCACGCAGAAGAUCUACCACCCGAAUAUCGAUCUGGAGGGCAACGUGUGCUUGAAUAUCCUGAGGGAAGACUGGAAGCCGGUGCUGAAUCUGAAUGCGGUGGUCGUGGGACUGCAGUUCCUCUUCCUCGAACCUAAUGCAUCCGACCCGCUGAACAAGGAGGCCGCCGAGGACCUCAAGCAGAACCGCGAAGGCUUCAAGCGCAACGUGCGUGCGUCUCUCGGCGGCGGCACAGUGAGGGGGCAAACUUUCGACCGCGUGCUGAAAUGAGGUGGAAUUGCUUGUCAGCCUAUAGAGGCAUCUUGCCUCCCAAAGCGAUAGUAGUCCAGUGCUAGACCAGAGUGGGGAAUCGGGUUUCGUCGACUCAACAACCCCACGCGCAGCUGUGGCAGUGCGGCAGCAGUAGAAUGCGAUAGAAGGAGGAGUACAGGCGCAUGUUUCCAAUAUCAAGCGAGCAUCUGAAUUUCGGCGGACACGGAGUGUGGCGUCAGCAUAUACCGGUUUCUUUCCCAUCUCAAGAGUCAUCGUAGGCUGAAAUACGAAUGCGCGACUUGCACCAUGCACAGAUUAUCCGUCUUUUGGGGUAGAACACGAGCUAGAAGGUUGCACAAAUGCUGAUCUAUUUCUCUGCGGGA